GAUCUCCAGCAAACCAGAGUGCCGACGUUGCUCACAUUCAAAAAAAAAAUGAGUGGCUUUAAGGGGAUCAUAAAGGAUGGGUGGCAUCCGAAGGGGAGAGACGGCGGACGAGAGAGCUGGCGUGGCGACUUCAAGGGGAUCAACCAAGUGGCCGGAUGGGUGGGAAAAGGAAAAGACCCCAAUGCCAGCCAGAGAACAGAGCAUGUUGCACGCCCACUGUCGAGCCUGAAGGAUCCAUCGUCUUUUGCACCACCUCCGAAACGCAGCAACACUGGGAACGGGGCGUCAUACACCCCUCCUCCGGUUCCAUCCCGCCGGCAAGCUGAGCAGGAGACAUCGAAGAAACCUGCUCCUCCGCCAGUCCCUCAUCGCGCGUCCACCACAGGCCUCUCAACCAACCGCUUCCCGACGCCUCCCGUGCGGCAGGAAGGUGACGGCACAGCGACAAAAUCAAAACCGUAUCUACCACCACGACUUCCUCCCCGAGAAGCGCUGCCCAGCACUGCUUCCUCUCCACCUCCUCCACCCUACGAAGCCGUUCAAAGAGCGACAGAGCCGUAUCUGAGCCAAGGUGCCACGAGUCGUCUGGCAAAGGCGGGCGUCUCGGUUCCAGAAUUGGGCAUCCAGCGUCAAGGAAGCAAUACUUCAAGCUCUCAGAGCCCAAAUUACGCUUCCACAGCGAUCAACGCCACAAAUGAAUUGCAGUCGCGAUUUUCGCGGUUGAACACCUCUUCUUCCCCUGUUUCCUCUACUCCUGCCACUACACACUCUCCCGUACAAGGCGUCACUCCGCAACAAUUCCAAACCGCAGCGACCGCAGCUUCACAUAUCGCAUCCCAGCCCGCCGUCCAGCAAACUAUCCGCAGUAAUGUCUCCCCUGGACAGCAUCCGGCGCCCCCAGGACGCACAAACAGCUUCCGAGACCGACACGAAGACCAAAUUCAGUCCGUGAAGGGCAAGCUUAACGGAUUAAACCAAAAAUAUGGGAUUACCAAGCGGAUCAACGAUUUUAUAGAAGACCAGAAGUCGCCAGCUUAUCCAGAUGCUCCUCCACCUCCGCCGGGGCAUCCCUCAAGUCAACCAGCUAUCCCAAAUCAUCCAUAUUCCUCGCCAAACACGUCAAGGCCCGAUCUGGAUGCAUUGAACAAGAGAAAGCCACCACCUCCGCCACCACCGAAGAAGGCAUCCAUGCAUUCAAAGCCGGUUAAUCAUUCCCCCUCCCCACCACCCCUCCCGUUGAACACGAAGCCGCGAUGAGUGCUUG